AUGACAUCUCCUAUAAGAACCAGCUACACCUUGAUUCCCAACCAGAAAUAUCGACGUAGCUGCCGCCAUUACAACAAAUUUAAUAAUGUUCUGGACACAGAUUCUCCAUCUCUGUCAACACUUGGGAAUUUCAAAGCGCUUCCCUUAGAGAUCUUUCAAAUGGUUUUGGAAUAUCUUCCAGUGAAGGAUAUCAGCAUGCUAAGCAUGGUGUCAAAGACUAUCAGCAGCCGCCUUAUUAAUUACAUCUCAACUCCAACAGGAAACAAAAGGCUUUUGCUGCAGGACUUCCAUAAUCCUGAGCGAUCUGGCAAUAGGAAAAGACCAUCUAUGCUAGAACACUACAGAUCAUUAGGCCUGUUACUAAAAAGGUGUACCUUACUACUGCCCACAAAGGAGAGGCUGAAAUACAUACACAAGAUACUUUCGGAAAUUUCCUGCUUUAAACUUAGUGGCUGCUCAGAUCCUUUGCAUUGUUCAGGACUGCAGUGUUAUGGAGUGUUUUUACAGACCUUAACUGCAGGUUGGGAUGAACUAGAAUGUCAUCGGGUUUACAACUUCCUUUGUGAACUAAGCAAUUUACCCAGGAGAGUGCAGACAGCUGUCAGCAGCAAACCUGGAAGUGCACGAAAACUGGAGCUGAGGAUAAGGAUAUUUUGCCGCAGUGUCUUGUUAAACCACUGGGUCCAUUCAAGUGAUUCGGCGUUUUGGCUGACGCGUAUUUUAAAACCAUGGCCAAUGGUCAAUCAAGCCCGGCUACUAUAUAUAAUUUUUGGGCCUGCCUCUAAUCUGGAUGGGCAUGUAGUUUGGCAGAAAAUGAUGGAAGGUCCAACUGAUGAGACCAGUUUAAAGGGGCUAGCAGAUGCUAUUAAAUUACUUUAUGACCCGGAAGCAAAAGAGUGGACAGCUGAUGAUGUCAUCAGUCUAGUGGAUGAACUUGAAUGGCUUCUGGAAAACAGUGCCAGGCUUCUUAUCCUGUGUGGAAACAAUAUCUGCUUCACUUUUAUGGCUAGCAAAGCUGUGAACGGCAGAGCCAUUGAAUUGGCCAGGCUGGUGGUUUUCCUGGCUUUGGUGUGUGAGAAGGACCUGUAUUGCAUGGACUGGGCUGUAAAAAUGAUGCAGAAGGUCUGCAAGGUUUUCAACACCUCGGGUGAAAGGAACAACUUCCUACAAAGUGUGGAGAAUGCCUUUGCUCACAUCGUCAUGGAUGCACUGCAGUCAGUGAUAUCUGGGGAGCAUGAUGAAGAAGACCGCAGCUUUCUGUACCUGUUCCAUCUGGUGAAUGCACAAGCCAAUUUUCAUAAGGAAAUCCUUUAUCUGACAAUGAGUAACAAGACAUAA